AUGUCACAAUUCUGGAAACCAGGCACCGAGAAACCCCGCAUCCUCGAAGACGAAGAAGGCGGCAGAUUACCUGUGUACAAGUACAGAACUGCAAUUCUGUACCUGGUCGAAACUCACGCCACUACUAUUGUCGUUGGCGAGACCGGUAGCGGCAAAACCACGCAAAUCCCUCAGUAUCUUAAAGAGGCUGGUUGGGCUGAUGGUGGACGUGUUAUUGCUUGCACCCAACCGAGACGACUCGCAGUCCAGGCUGCAACUAUGAUAAAGUUUCUAACAGAUGGGGUAUUACUAAAAGAAAUGAUGGACGAUCCGCUUUUGACCAAGUAUAGACCCAUUGAUUUGCAUUCAGGCGUAGCUAGUGGUCCUAUCCAGCGCCGUCGACCUGAACUACGCCUGAUUAUCUCAUCUGCUACAAUUGAAGCAAAAUCUAUGUCAGAUUUCUUCCAACCUAGCAAAAAGCAUCGAGGACUGGAAGAUCAUGAGUUUGUUCCAAGGAAGGAUCCUGCAAUUUUAUCUGUUGAGGGAAGAGGUUUUAAUGUACUAGUACAUUUUGUCGUGGAGCCUGUCCCGGACUAUGUUCAGGCUGUUGUUUCAACUGUAUUGUCGAUUCAUGAUCAGAAUGAAGAGUGGAUGUACCUGAGGGAUUCUAUGUAUUGUAUGACAGCUGAUUUAGGGCUAAGGACUGAGUUCAAUGUAAUGAAUGGAUUGAUUGUUUUGCCUUUGUACUCCGGUCUCCCGCGUGCAGAACAGGUUGGUGAUAUAUUGUCUGUGGAUCUGGUGUUUUCCCCAACUCCUAGAGGGAAGAGGAAAGUGGUGAUAUCAACUAAUGUAGCAGAGACAUCAUUGACAUUGGAGGGCGUUGUUUAUGUUGUUGAUAGUGGAUUCUCAAAACAGCAGUUCUACAAUCCGGUAGUUUUCAUCAUGGUUUUAUUUCUGUUUAAAUCAACAAUGGGUGUUAAAAAUGUGAUAGCAAAGUUAUACACUGAAGAGUACUUUGUCAAUGAAAUGUCUUCUGUUGGGAUCCCAGAGAUUCAAAGGUCAAAACUUGUUUCUGCUGUGAUUCAGUUAAAAGCCUUGGGCAUAGAAAAUAUAUUAGGCUUUGAUUGGCCAGCAUCUCCACCUCCUGAAGCAAUGAUUCGAGCACUUGAAGUUCUUUAUUCACUGGGAGUCCUUGAUGAUGAUGCUAAGCUUACUUCACCUGUUGGGUUUCAAGUAGCAGAGAUUCCAUUAGACCCAAUGAUCUCAAAAAUGAUACUAUCUUCAAACCAACUGGGAUGCUCUGAGGAGAUCAUCACAAUCGCUGCUAUUCUUUCCAUACAGUCUAUUUGGAUUUCUGGUAGGGGGGUGCAGAAGGAAUUAGAUGAAGCCAAGCUGAGAUUUGCAGCUGCUGAGGGUGACCACGUUACGUUCCUUAAUGUUUAUAAAGGUUUUCUUAAAUCUGGUAAAUCAUCACAAUGGUGUCACAAGAAUUUCAUGAAUUACCAAGCUAUGAAGAAGGUAAUUGAAAUUAGAGAACAGCUCAGAAGAACAGCACUGAGAUUAGGCAUAGUCUUCAAAUCCUGUGAAGGAGACAUGCUGGCAGUACGGAAAGCAGUUACUGCUGGAUUUUUUGCAAAUGCAAGUCGUCUAGAAGCAUUCAGUGAUAACGGAAUGUACAAGACUGUUCGACGUUCUCAAGAAGUUUAUAUUCAUCCUUCGUCCGUGUUGUUCAGGGGUUUUUGUGGUGUAGUUUAUUAUUCCCCAAGUGAUAGUGGUGCGUUGAUCUCGGGAGUUAAUCCAAAAUGGGUUAUAUACCACUCUCUUGUCUCAACAGACCGACAAUACAUGAGGAAUGUCAUGACUAUUGAUCCUUCUUGGCUAACAGAGGCUGCCCCACAAUUUUUCCAGCACCAACGAUCAGAUCCCAAUGUUCACUGA